AUGGCUCGUACUAAGCAAACUGCUCGAAAAUCCACUGGUGGCAAAGCUCCUCGCAAACAACUGGCGACCAAGGCAGCACGGAAAAGUGCACCGGCCACGGGUGGCGUUAAAAAGCCGCAUCGUUACCGUCCUGGCACCGUUGCACUUCGUGAGAUCCGUCGUUACCAGAAGAGUACUGAGCUGUUGAUCCGCAAGUUGCCGUUCCAACGACUCGUUCGUGAAAUAGCUCAAGAUUUUAAAACUGACCUGAGAUUCCAGAGUUCUGCUGUUAUGGCUCUUCAGGAGGCAAGCGAAGCUUACCUUGUUGGAUUGUUUGAGGAUACUAAUUUGUGUGCAAUUCAUGCUAAGCGAGUCACCAUCAUGCCCAAAGACAUACAACUGGCUCGUCGUAUUCGUGGUGAACGUGCUUAAAUAGCUCUGCAAUGAGCCAAUAAUUGACCGGCCCUUUUCAGGGCCACCAAAAUAAUUUGUGCACAAGAAUUGAAUCUACAUGUAUGUCGAACAUGAAUUACCGUUGGGUUUAUCCAAUUUAACCAAAUUCCUAAAGCAAGUGAGCUGUUGCAAUUUUUGUAAGAAUGCAACGAACUUCGAAAUUUGUUUAUUGUACCAUUCCAUCGAAAUCGACUCCGUACUUGCCAAUCAUUAAAUUUUGAAUGCUUUCGAAGUAGUGCCCUCGUCAAUUACAAAGUUGCGUGCAUACAUCCGAACAUCAAGGUUCGCGUAUCUUAAAUGCGGGAAGGCAUGAGAGUAGCCCCCAUUUUAUUGAACUCAAUUCUGAACAAAAACCAUCUUCAUUUGACACGAUUUGAUAGAACAUGGUGUCCAGUAGAAGAUACGUAACGAAUUCUAAGGCAUUUUUAGGUUAUUCAAAACAUGCAGGAAAACUAAAAGACGUAUGCAAAAGGCAAUCUACAUAAUCCAGAAAGACAGCAUACAUUAUUUCUACUACACCUGUUAAUAGGGAAAAAUACAAUUUUAAGCGGGAAUCCACUUUUUACAAACAUUUACUCAGUGAACGUCAAUAAAUAUAUCAUUUGCAGCAAACUUUAAAAAUAGAAUAUUUCCAGGAUACAGCAAAAAAAAAAAAUUCAAAGACAUGUCCAGGACCACAGGACACCACGGAGACAGUGGAUAUUUUGGGCCUGAGAGUGGGUAAU